ACCCUCCAAUUCAUUGCUAACUGUAGCUACCUUCUCGUCGACACCAACUUUCUAACCCCCACUCACUUACCACUACCAGCUACUGGUUGUUGCCAUCUUAACAAGGAAAGAGUUUGUAAGAUCUUUGCCUUUUUCUACAAAUUACACUCACUCACACUAAUUACUUGCUUUAUUCUUUCACCCUAUUUCACUCUCAUAUGAUGUUCUUACAUUUGCUUCUAAUCUAGUAAGUACUUACCACAAUUUCUGUUCUGUUCCAAUGGAGUAUGAAAUUCUGAUUCUGGGUUCACUUACAUUGAUUUAUUUACUAGCUUUAUUGUACUGGGUAUUCUUAAAAGACUUGAUUAGUGGUCUUAAUUUGAACUCAUUUGGUCAGGUCAAGAAAUUUUACACAAGAAUUUCUAGUUAUGGUGAUGUUAAUUUUGUGGGUAAUAAUGGAAAGAACUCAACUUCAGUUCUUAGAUCUGUAAAUGGAAUUAUAGCAAUUGGGUGUUCUUUGAUUUUCUUUUUAGCUCUAGUUGGUGCAUAUUGGUUUAUUUCUAGGGAUCUAAAACCUAAUUCUUUAGAUCAGGGUUUCAGUAUUCCUGGCCCUAAUGAUGCAACUGGGAAAUGCAAUGUGUUUGAUGGAAAGUGGGUCCCAGAUGAUAGUUAUCCUUUGUAUAAUGCAUCUGAUUGCCCAUUUGCUGAAACUUCUUUUAAUUGCUUAGCAAAUGGGAGGAAAGAUGAGGAUUAUUUGAAAUGGAGGUGGAAGCCCAAAGGCUGUGAUCUUCCAAGGUUUAAUGUGCAAGCUGUUUUGAAGUAUCUUCGAGGGAAACGGGUCGUUUUUGUUGGUGAUUCAUUGACUAGAACACAGUGGGAAUCAUUCAUUUGUAUGCUUAUGUCUGGGGUUGAAGAUAAACGUUUUGUGUAUGAAGUCAAUCAGAAUAAAAUUUCUAAGAAAAUUAGGUUUCUGAAUGUGAGGUUUGAUUCUUAUGACUUCACGGUCGAGUUUUAUCGGUCUGUUUUCCUUUCGUGGCUUACCUCUCCACCUAAACGAGCUCCCAAGAGAGUCAAGUGGACAGUUAGGCUUGACAAGAUGGAUAAUGCUCAUGAAGAAUGGGUUGAUUCGGAUGUUCUGAUAUUUAAUACUGGACAUUGGUGGACAAAGACGAAGCUAUUCGAAACGGGUACCUAUUUUCAGGUUGGUAAAUCGCUAAAGCUGGGAUUGCCAGUAACUAAAGCUCUAACAAAGACACUUCAGACCUGGGCAUCAUGGGUUGAAUCACAGAUCAAUCAUAAUAGGACCCAUGUAUUCUUUCGCACUUUUGAAUCUUCACACUGGAGUGGUCGGAAUCGUAAUACAUGCAAAGUGAGUCGAAGACCAAUGUUGACAGCUCAGGGUAGGGAUAAAAGCCCUAUUUCAGAUGUGAUAUUGAGGGUUAUCAAGAGUAUGUCAGCACCUGUUACUGCUCUGCACGUUACUCCAAUGGGAUCAUAUCGCAGUGAUGCGCAUGUGGGUACAUGGAGUGAUAACCCAUCAGUGCCAGAUUGUAGUCACUGGUGUCUGCCUGGGUUGCCAGAUAUGUGGAAUGAAAUUCUAUUCACUUACCUUCUGCACAAAGAUCAAAUUUCCAAACAACAAACUACAAAGUGAAGUUUUGUAUCACAAUUAUGGAAAGAAGAGGCAUGAGGGAGGAUAAUUAUACACGGAUCAACGUAGAAAAGUUUUAAAUUUGUCAAGUUGUAAAGUUGUUCAGUCUUCUGCGGUGGAUGGAUGCUGUUUUUCAUCAGGCUUCCAAACCAAAAUUGAACGUGAAAUAGAAUAUUGUAUGUGAGAAUCAAUCGAUAUUCUGGAAUGUCCCAUGUAUUCUUGCUGCCUCUGCUGUAUGUUUGUAAAUUCUCAAUUAUAGUCUUCCAAAAGAGCUUUCUUUGUGCAUAUUUCUGCGGACUUCUGCGUCCAUAUCGACCUGGUGAAAUGAUAAAUGCCUAAUUUUUGUUGUUGCA